AUGAAAAAAAUCAAAGGCAUCUUGAUCACCUUGAUCGUGAUUUACGUGGCGACAGCGAUCCUGGGGGAGAAUUUUCUGGGGGGAUACAACCAAGGGAAGCUGCUGGAGCGAACCGGGCUUUAUGGACUGUUGGGAAUUGGAGUGGCGUUUGUGAUUAUUACCGGUGGCAUCGAUCUUUCGAUUGGCUCUGUCGUUUGUUUGGUAGGUUGCGGGGUUCCCUGGUUGGUGAUGAAGCAACAAUGGUCUCCGGGGAGUGCGGUGAUGAUGGCGAUCGUGGUGUCCAUGUGCAUUGGGCUUUGGCACGGUCUCUUGAUUACGAAACUGAAGUUGCAACCCUUUGUGGUGACACUUUGUAGUUUGCUGAUUUUCCGGGGAGCAACGCGGGGGCUUGCCGAGGACCAAUCGCAGGGCUUUGGUGGCGAGUACGAAGCGUUUCGGAUUUGGGGGACCGAGGCGAUUGCGGUGACAGGAAAAUUUGGAAUUCCUUAUCCCUUUGUCAUCCUGAUCGUAGUGGCAGCGAUUGCCUGGGUCUUCUUGAAUAAGACCAUUUGGGGGCGAUAUCUUUUUGCACUGGGUAAUAACGAGGAAGCAGCCCGGCUGAGUGGAAUCAACACCGAUCGAAUGGUGAUUCUCUCUUAUGUGAUUUGCUCAAUGUUGGCUGCGCUGGGCGGGUUGCUCUUUAUUUUGAAUGGAAAUUCAGCCCAGCCGAGUGACUUUGGAAACUUUUACGAGCUCUAUGCAAUCGCAGCGGCGGUGCUGGGUGGGUGCAGUCUUCGCGGAGGAGAAGGAACCAUCGUGGGGGUCGUGAUUGGGACCGCAGUGAUGCAGCUCUUGAAAAACAUGAUCAACCUGGUCGAUUGGCUGAAAUCCCACAUGGAGUUCCUGAUUGUGGGAGUCGUCCUGCUGAUUGCGGUUGUUGCCGAUGAGUUGAUCAAAAGACGAAAGGGAACAGAAAAGAAGAGAGGUUGGUUUUUCUUCUUCGAAACGUAA